AUGUCCGAUAACGAUUUGAUAAUUUUAUUUCAAUCAAUUGGCUUGUCAGAACAACGAGCCAAAGAUACUGCAAAAAAUAAGAAAUUGGCACCAACUUUACAAACCACGAUCGUGGAAGCUGGUGUUAAUGAAACCGGUUGUGAUAAAUCUGUCGGUGCUUUACUUUAUACUCUCGCCUCUACUAUUACUAAAGAUGCAAAUUCACAUUUGAGUUACAUUGCACGCGCGAUAAUUGACAAAAGGUUAAAAUCUGCGGAUCAGAUUGCUGCCGCUAUAAAGUAUGUCGAGAAUGCGGGAGACGAAUUAGUUGAUACCGAAUUUGACAAUGCAUGUGGAGUUGGCAUUGUGAUCACACCAGAACAGAUCACAAGUGCAAUAUCCACCUUUUUAGAGUCUAAAAAGGAUCUGCUCGUAAAAGAUCGGUACAAAUUGCUUGGAUCAUUGUUGGCCCAGGCGAGACAGACUCCGGAGUUGAGAUGGGUCAAUGGUGCUGACGUCAAAGAGGAAUUGGAAAAACAGGUUGUCGCAUUGAUUGGUCCUAAAGAUGAGAGAGAUAUGCCCAAAAAGAAUAAGGAUACUAAAAACGAUCAGAAAAAGGCGGAAAUUAAUGCUAUGAAAGUUUCAGGUUUUGGUUCAAAUAAAUCUAAUCAGAAUAGUAUUCCUAAUAUGUUUUUGGAAGGAGAAUUAGCCAAAUUACAUAAGCCUGGAGGUAACAAACAAAUAAAACCUGAAUUAAUGGAACAGCAUUUAAAGGAAACUGGUGGCAAAGUUCUUACACGAUUCCCCCCGGAGCCAAAUGGUUUUUUGCACAUUGGUCAUGCAAAAGCAAUCAAUGUGAACUUUGGAUACGCAAAAGCUCAUAAUGGAUUAUGUUAUCUCAGAUACGAUGACACAAACCCAGAAGCCGAAGAAGAACAUUAUUUUACCUCCAUUAAGGAGGCUGUGGAAUGGUUGGGAUUUUCUCCAUGGAAAAUCUCCUAUUCCUCAGAUUAUUUUGAUAAACUUUAUGAAUUGGCGAUUGAAUUAAUAAAACGUGACAAAGCUUACGCGUGUAGUUGUACACCUGAAGAGAUGCAUGAAAUGCGUGGAGGUGAUGAUGGUGGUGAACGUAAAGAAUGCGCACAUCGUAAUCGACCAAUCGAAGAAUCUUUGAUUGAAUUUAAAAGGAUGAAAGAAGGUCGUUAUAAGGAAGGUGAAGUUAUUAUUCGUAUGAAGAUGGAUAUGCAAAGUGGAAAUCCUCAAUUUUGGGAUUUAGUCGCAUACCGCGUUUUAUAUACCCCACAUCAUAGAACCGGUGAUAAAUGGUGUAUUUACCCGACUUAUGAUUAUACGCAUUGUCUGUGCGAUUCAUUUGAAAAUAUCACACAUUCACUUUGUACUCUCGAGUUUCGCAUGUCACGUGAAUCAUAUUACUGGCUUUGUGAUGCUCUUGAAGUCUACAAGCCUGUUCAAUUCGAAUAUAAUAGGUUAAAUAUUAAUAAUACCAUAAUGUCGAAACGAAAAAUCGCCAAACUUGUUAAUGAAGGAUAUGUUAAAGGAUGGGAUGAUCCAAGAUUAUAUACUUUGCCAGCAUUGCGUAGGCGUGGAGUUCCUCCUGAGGCAAUUAAUGGAUUCGUUCAAGAUCUUGGUGUUACUACAUCGAAUUCUACGAUUCAAGUGACACGUUUUGAUAAAUAUGUUCGUGAUUAUCUUGAUUUUCACGUACCAAGGUUGAUGGUAAUUGUGGAUCCAAUCAAAGUAGUCAUUGAAAAUUUACCGGAUGAUUAUUUAGAAGAAUUAACAGUUCCUUUCAAACCAAAAGAUCCUUCCAUGGACGAUCAUGUUGUUCCAUUUAGUAAGAUAGUUUAUAUUGAUAAAUCAGAUUUUCGUGAACAACAUUCUCCAGAUUAUUUCCGACUUGCUGUUGGUAAAACGGUAGGGUUACUAUAUGUAAAGCAUUGUAUUACGUGUACUGACGUCAAAAAAGAUUCGGAAGGAAAUAUUGAAUAUUUAAUUUGUCGUUAUGAAAAUGGACCAGAUAUUAAGAAAUCUAAAACGUAUAUUCAAUGGGUAUCAGAAUCAACAAAACAUCAAUCACCUAUUCGUUUAAAUGAGAUUAGAAUUUAUAAUAAUUUCUUUAUGUCAGAAAAUCCUUCAGCACAUCCGGAAGGUUUCCUAAAAGAUAUCAAUCCCAAUAGUUUAGAAAUAGCUACAAAUUCUUUAAUUGAAAUUGGAUUACAUCGGAUCAUUUCAAAAGUCUUUGAAAAAUCAGAGAAAAAAGAGUUUGAAGCAGUUAGAUUUCAAGCUAUUCGCGUUGGAUAUUUUUGUAUUGAUAAAGAUUCUUUUAUCGAUGAAAAAAAUGAAACAAAGAAUAAAUUAAUUCUUAAUAAGAUA